CUGAAAUGUCCUUCAUAUAAACCGGUGACAAAGUGGCGAGCAGCGGCCCCCGGGCAGCAGAGAUCACAGCCAGCACAGACAGAGAGAGACAGAGAGAGACAGAGAGAGAGAGUGAGAGAGUGAGAGAGAGAGAGAGAGAGAGAAGAGGAGGUGGAGGAGAGAGGAGCACCGAGCACAGAGGACAGCCGCUGAUCCACAGCAAACACACCGAGGAAACUCAUCCGGACGCAGCAUCCUUUCACCCCACCGACAGGCUUGUUUGUGGCUGCAGAGAUGGGCGUCACCUCUUGCUCUCUGCUAUUGGUCUCCGCAUAUUUUGCGGCCGCGCUGAUUGGUGGAGCUCACUCGGAGGGGGUGUGUCUUCAAGACGGCAAGCACAAGGCCACGCCCAGCCCGGAGCCACACCUUACGGACACCUGCACGCUGUACGCUGACAACAGCUGCUGCACAGAAGACGACAUCCAGGAUAUCUCCCAUGUUCCCUCUGCUAUCAAUAAAAAUGAACCAUGGGACAAGUGUGGGCCUCUGAGCUCUGAGUGUGAAGGCUUCCUGAAGCGUGUGUCGUGUUUUUACCGCUGCUCCCCUGACGCCGCCCGGUGGCCUCAUCCCCAUCGCCGCUCGUACAUCCAGGCUGUGCCGCUCUGCCACAGCUUCUGCCGUGAUUGGUUUGACGCCUGCAGGAUGGACAUGACGUGUGCUCGUAACUGGGCCAGAGACCCCAGAGGACAGAACUGCACUGGAACCUGUGUUCAGUAUCAACAGAUGUACCAGCACGGCAGAGAUCUCUGCGAGAGCCUGUGGGGUGACGCCUUCAUGACGGUGGAGGAUGAACCAGAAGAGUUGGCAGAAACCGGAGAAGUUGGAGCGGAGGGCGACGGCGGUCGCCCCUGCGGCUGCCUGACCCUCAGCCCCUCGGACAAAGACGUGAUCGCCGCCCUCAGGGCCCAGCAGGAUGACCCGGAGGAGCUGGACACCACUAAAACUGGCCUGCCUCAGUACAGGGCUCCAUGCCAGGCCAAGCUGCCCCUGCAGGCUAGGAGCGGCAGGAAGGGCAACUCAGUGCUGCGUAAACGCUCCAUCAUAGUGGACGACGUGGAGGGAAGCACGAGCGGGAACGGCUCGUAGAGAGCAGUGAUAGAUGGGAAUAUAUUUAGAGAUAACUGUCUAGAUCCUAACAUACAAAAUCUCUCAAAAUGUAACUACCCUUAGCUCGCAUAAUCACCACAUCCUACAUAUAAUCUCUAUGGUUUUGAAUAAUUUCUGUAUCUGGUGUAAGAUAGAGUCAGAUAUUUGAGUAAACAUGAAGAAGAACAAAAGAGUAUUUAAGUUCUGCAAGGGCUCUGACUUCAAUAAUAAAUACAGUACCAGUCAAAAGGACACACCU